UCAAAACGGAACCAAAGAAGAAGAAGAAGCCCACGUGUUUCCUCCUCAGUCUGUUUCAUGGGAACGAGCGUCUUGUAAAAAUACUAUUUAAGAUGGUUCGUAAACUAAAGUAUCACGAGCAGAAGCUGUUGAAGAAGGUUGACUUCGUCAAUUGGGAGGUGGACAACAACCUCCACGAAGUCAAAGUGUUGCGGAAGUACCACAUCGAAAAGAGGGAGGACUACACCAAGUACAACAAGCUCAGUCGUAACAUCAGGGAUCUCGCCAAGAAAAUCAGAGACCUGGAUGAGAAGGAUGGUUUCAGAGGUCAAAGCACACAUCAACUACUGGAGAAACUGUACAGCAUCGGUCUGUUGCCCACAAGACAGAACCUUUCACUCACAGAUAAAGUCACAGCUUCUUCAUUCUGCAGGAGGAGGCUACCGAGCAUCAUGCUGAACCUGCGAAUGGCUCAGAACCUGAAGAGCGCCAUCACCUUCAUCGAACAAGGACAUGUGCGUGUUGGCAUAGACAUCGUCACAGACCCAGCAUUCCUCGUCACAAGGAAUAUGGAAGACUUUGUCACUUGGGUGGACUCCUCCAAGAUCAAGCAGCAUGUCAUGAAUUAUAAUGAUGAGAGGGAUGACUUUGAUCUAGUGGCAUAAUCCCGUCGUCUAUCAUCCAUUCAUCACCCCGGAGGGACACAAUUUUUGCUCCUUUUGAACUGUGGUGCGAAUGACUUCAAGAGGAUGGACCAAGUGUGCGCACAUACGCAGAUACUAAGGGAAAAAAGCCCAGAGACGGUCUGCACAAUGACAGUGUGAGAAGAAAAAAAGUGUCAACUUUUCAGUUUUAUUUUGGCAAGAACUAAAGAAAUGUACAACUUAAGCCUGAACUAUUGACCAUCCAAACUAUGUGGAUUAAUUUGACUGACAAUAUUCGCUCCCUAGAUUCUGAGUGUGUAUUGGAGCGCUACCAGUGAUCCCAGUGAGCACGGAGCAGCUGUUAGGGUUGCUGGUGAUCUCCCACACGUUGUUUGCGUUUCAUAUUUGGGUUCUUUGUGUAAAAAUGAGCUGGCUUCCCAGGAUGUUUGUAUGUAUUUGAUCGUGCAAAUGUGCAAAUGCUGGUUUAUAAGUGUGUGUGUAGAUAGAUAAAUACACUAUGACGAAGAUAAAUACACUAUGACGAAGACUAUGUUCAAAUAUUAACAUAGCUUGAGUCAUAAAUACAGCUAGAACAUAUAAAAUACAAGUUGGUAAAUAUUUAAUUCUUUGAAAGACUUAUAAUGUAAACUUUGUUCAAUAAACAUUCUUUUAUCACAGUA